AAUGUUUGAGUCCACCUGUGAGCCGGUGCUGCUUCUUACCGGCUGCUGCUGCAGGGGGAGCAAAACGUAACUCGAGAGUUUACGACAAUUUACCCCCAUUUGCGGCAUAAACACAUGGACGCUUGAGCUACGAAAGCAUGGGAGGUCAAAAGUUAUGAUUCAAGUCUGUAUCAGCAACGGCACAUAACACGGACACAUGGCCAGCUCCAUGGUGGCGGUGGGACUGGCCCUGGCAGCUGCUGGAUUUGCAGGUCGAUAUGCCAUGCACGCCAUCAAGCAAAUGGAGCCUCAAGUGAAACAGGCCCUUAAGAGUUUCCCCAAUUCGGCUUUUGGAGGAGGGUACUACAGAGGUGGAUUUGAACCAAAGAUGACAAAAAGAGAGGCCGCACUUGUUUUAGGUGUCAGUCCAACAGCCAACAAAAUUAAGAUCAGAGAGGCCCAUCGAAAACUCAUGAUCCUGAACCAUCCCGAUAGAGGUGGAUCUCCGUAUAUUGCCGCAAAAAUAAAUGAAGCAAAGGACCUGAUGGACGGACAGGCCAAGAAGUAGAAGUGAAGCUGAAUAAGCAUUACGGCUCUCCUCAUUUCUGCUGUUGCACUGGCAUACUUGAACGAGCACUUGCUUUUCUAUUUUUUUCUCAAAAUAAAAAAUAGGUGGGAUAAAAAAAAUAAAAAUCACACUGUACUAACUGGAAAUUGAAUUAUUCAUCAUUAUAUGCUGUGUCUCACUAAUUAACACUGACAUUUGGAGAAUUUUUAUACAGUUCAUACAUUCUUGAUGUAGCAACUAUUUACUGAGCUGGAAUGGACAGACAAACUACAAUAAAGAAAAAAACUCCA